UAUUUUCUGAUAUGGCAUAGAAAGGGCAAAGGACUACGGUUUCUCCUAUGCAAGGAGACUAGCAGCACCACUGAAAAGAAUUAUGACGCCAUGAUAGUAUCCUAUGGAUCCCUGGCUCCAAAAAGAUACAUGUACUCGGAGGUAAUGAAGAUAACGUCAUUUCGCAGUGAUCAGCUUGGAAAAGGUGGUUAUGGUGUGGUUUUCAAAGGAAGAAUACAUGAUGGUCGUUUGGUUGCUGUGAAAAUCUUGCAUGACUGCAAAGGAAAUGGGGAUGAAUUUGUGAAUGAGGUUAUGAGCAUUGGCAGGACCUCUCAUAUUAAUGUUGUUAGCCUACAUGGGUUUUGUUUGGAGGGAUCAAAACGAGCGCUUAUAUAUGAGUACAUGCCCAACGGUUCCUUGGAUAGGUACAUUUACUCACAGAACCCCAAAGAAAUUAUAGGAUGGGAGAGGCUCUAUGCGAUAGCAAUUGGGAUUGCCCGUGGCCUAGAAUACUUGCACCAUAGCUGCAAUACACGAAUUGUUCAUUUCGAUAUCAAGCCUCAAAACAUCCUUCUAGACAGGGAUUUUAGUCCAAAGAUUGCUGAUUUCGGUCUAGCUAAAUUGUGUCAUACAAAGGAGAGCAAACUUUCAAUGACUGGUGCUAGAGGAACAAUCGGAUUCAUCGCUCCGGAAGUUCACUCUCGAACAUUUGGAGUAGUUUCAACAAAAUCAGAUGUUUACAGUUAUGGAAUGAUGUUGUUGGAGAUGGUUGGAGGCAGGAGAAACGUAAAAUCAAUUGUAGCAAAAUCCAGCGAAAAAUAUUUUCCAGAUUGGAUUUUCGACCACCUUGCACAAGGUGAUGGAUUACAAGCAUGUGAAGUCACAAGCGAAAUUGAGGCGAUCGCGAGAAAAAUGAUAUUAAUUGGCUUGUGGUGCAUACAAGUAAUACCUUUGUAUCGCCCCACCAUAACAAAAGUACUAGAAAUGUUUGAGAGAAGCUUACAAGAUCUUGACAUGCCGCCGAAGCAGAACUUCUGUGAUCUACUUGAAAGUUUCCCUCACAAUAUAGAUGUACGAAGUGCAAGUUCUACCGGACUUGAGAGGAGACAAGUCUUGUGAAUUCAAAAAUCUUACAAUGAUUUCCAACUCUUUGAGAAGGUGGCCUUCAAUGGAGUGCAUUCAGAAAUUAAACAAGACUGACGAAUUUCGGCAUUGUAUCAUAGAACAUAUUCCAUGUAUCCAGGGCCUAGAGUCGAGAGGAUCCGCACCCCAGUGUCCAUCAGUUACGGACCAGAAAAAGAAUCAUUCGGAUGUGCACUAAGUUUUGUUUUCCAUGUUACAACUGCUAAAAGGUAUGGGAUGUAAUG